ACGUGCUUUGCCUGUUUGUUUAUAUUCGCGUUCACUGUUUUGGCUGAAAUAUCCUCACCAUUGCUUGUUAAAAAGAUAACAUUUUGUACCGCAUUUUAUAUCCAGUGUAAUGGCCACCGAUUCCGAUCAGUUACCACCCGCUUCGCAAGUCGGUUCUAACUACGCGAAAAAUCGUAAUAAAAAACGUAAAUCUGCCGGCAAACGGUUCCUGCAAAAUGCAAAAGGAUUUGGUCGGAAAAACAGUUUCGGUCGGGGCGCGGAACUCGAUCAGGAGGAGUACAGCUACUUUGUGGGUAUACUUGAAGCCACCACGGCAAUUAGCGGCGUAGACGAUAGUGAGGAGUUUUGCACGAUGGCCAACAACGUGUUCGAGCAGAUCAACGGUAAGGAAAUCAAGACGGCCUCCAACCAAUUGAGCAGCCGUGUGUUGGAAAAUCUGCUUGGUUACACCGAUGAACAGAACCUGCAACAUUUAAUGACGCAAUUUGGUGAUAAUUUUCGAGUCGUUUGCUGUGAUAAAUUUGCAUCCCAUGUUCUGCAGAAGGCACUACUCGUAGCAAUGCUGAGAUGUUCUGGCGCACUUCAACCCGCCAAGAAUGGAACCGGUAAAAAGCAAAAAACAGACAUUGCCAGAGAGGUUACUUAUAAUCUAAAGCAAGACUUUAGCGUUGAUCACCGGAAAGUAUGCGCUAAAUUCGUAAAGAAAGUAGCAAAAUUUUUGCUCAACAAUUUGGAAGAAUUCGUGUGGGAUUCGUUUGGAAACUAUGUUACCCGGCAGUGUAUCAUGAAUUUGGCUGGUAUUGCGGAGUUGAAAAUGGGAAAAGGCGAGUCACCGGAAGUCCGGAAACUGGUCGUACCUGAAAAGUGGUUCAAAUUGAUUAUCGAGUUUUGUUCACGGUUGCUGGCAUGGCCUCAAUUUUCCGAGCUUCCCUACAGUGAGUUUACUUCGGCACUGCUGCAGAGUUUGCUGGUUGCGCUCGAUCGGGCAGAGGAUAAAUUUCAAUUGCUUCAGCUGAGUGAGAAAUUGCUAGCCAGUUUUUUGCUAGAAGCCUCUGAAGACGAAGAGGAGAGUGAAACUGAACCAACGAAAAAACUUCCCAAAGUUUUUCAUCAUGAUAGCUCAAUUCGAUUGUUGGAAGUUGUACUAUCGGUUGUUGAUUCCGACUUUCUCAAAAACCAGUUAUACAAAAAGCUGUUCCAGGGAAACGUCAUCCCACUAAGUCAAUCCCGUAUGACGAAUUUUGCGAUUCAAAAAUUGUUGAAUAAUUUGUCGGAUAAACAUAUUUUGGAGGUAAUCUUCUCAGAACUUGAUGAAGGCAUAGAGGAAAUAUUGAAGCUUGGGCAUACCGGAAUUGUUGCUGCACUGGCUAAAGCUUGCUCGCGGUUGUCUUGUCAGCAGGGAAAAUUUGUUAAACUUCUACUGGAUGCACUUCACUGUUCGGAAGCCACUGGAGAAAAGUUACUAACCUCUGUCCUCAAGCUAAUGCCACCGGAAGUGCUGGUUGAACAGUCGUCUGCUCCGAUUAAUUUACACGGUUCAAUAAUUUUGCAAUCCGUGCUAGAUUUUAAUAAGCCCAUCAAAAUGGUGACGGCGAUUCUGGAUACGAAAAAUGAUCAUUUGGCAAAGAUAUUCACGGACCCAAAAGGUUCCUUCGUUGCCAACGCCUUCAUAGGAUCGAAGUUUGUGGGAGAAAAAUCCCGCGAAAAAUUGGUUCGUCACCUGGAGGGAUGUUACAUGGAUUUGGCUUUGUCUCUCCAUGGUUCCCAUGUGCUGGAGUUGCUUUAUGAAACUAGCAGCCCCAGUCAGAAGGAAAGUAUUGUGCGCGAGCUUGCAGAGCGGUUAGCCCAACUGAACAGCAAACCUUGGGGGAAGAUUAUCAACCAGAAGCUACGAGUGGACGCUUAUCGGCAAAACCCUACACAGUGGAAGAAUGCUAGAGGAACAUCGGGGCAGCAGUCUGUAGAAAAGGCGCAGGAUGGGAGUAGAAGCGGCAAGAAACGUAAGUGAUUUCAAUAUAUUUUUC